AUGGGAGCGGAGGGAAAUGGGUUGUCAGUGCUGCAUGUAAGGAAAGGGAUUCUUUGCUUUGAUUACUGCCCAGAGAGGAACUUCCUGGUGACUGGUGGCUACGAUGCCUUCAUCCGCCUGUGGAACCCCUUUGUCUCAAAGAGGCCCGUGUGGCUGAUGAAGGGACACCAGACCUCAGUGACACACAUCCUCGUGGACAGCAGAAACAGCAGCAUCCUCAUCAGUGUCUCCAAGGACAAGAAUAUUCGCGUGUGGGACAUGCUGGACUACAUAUGCCUCCAGUCCUUCUGCGGGAAGUUUUUUGCCCUGGGAAACUGCCCCAUCACCAGUGCCUACUUCUUCGAGAAGGACAAUACGCUCAUCUGCAGCACCUACUCAGUGAGUGCUGUCCCAGGAGGGAGUGGGGUCGAGGCCGCAGGUAGAGGGCCAGGGUCUGAAUCCCAUGGGACACCCAAGGGGUGGCCGCGUCCUGUCCCUCCUGGGACUGCUGAAGUGGCUGGACUCUGUGGCCUGGCCUGUGAGGGGCCGUGUCUUGGGAUUUCCUGAAAUCCUGUUUCUAGGCCUCCAGCCUGUCACUGUCUCUGCAGCUGCUGCUGCUGUCUGCUCUGUCCCCACUCAGCUUCUUCCUCUGGGAGCCACCCUGAACCUCAGGCUUGUUAGGAGCCCUUCUUCCAUGUUUUCUUGGCCCCGUUCCUUCUCUCAGUCACGAGCCUCAUAACUCUGUCCUGUCACUAUUACGUGACUGUUUUUCCUGCUAAGUCAUGAACUCUGGGAAACAGGGGCCGCAUCUGAGCAGCGUCUCUGCAGGAGAGACCCUGGGGGAAACUGAGUCACAGAGAGGCAGGCCAUCUGUGACUCAGGACUCAGCUGGAACCCCUGCGAGGUCUGUACUGACCCUGGAGGACAGGAAAGAUUGGGACAAGCACGAGGGGCUUCCUGUGGAGGAUGGGGGUAAGGGCGCCCACAAUAAGAUGGAGGCUUGGGGAGCUGCAAGGCUGAGCCACAGCCCAUAAAUGGGAGCAGAAGUCCAGAGAGGAGACGUGGGGGCCACGGAGCUUGAGCUCCACGAAGGCCUCCCAUGCUCUGUGGGCUGAACCACCCUGGCUGGUGACACAUUUGUCAUCCUUAUGCACUUGGCUAGCUCUCACGUAGACGGCAGUUUUCUUGAGAAGAAAGGUCAUGGGUUCCUUUAUCUCCUUGCUGAGUGCCAGACAGGUGGUCAGCAUUUGUUGAAUUAAAUAGGCCUUUGAAGUUCAUUUCAGAUCACCAAACCUUAUCAACCCCCUGCCUUUUGUCGUGAACUGAGAAUAUAUGACAAAGAUACUGUCCCAUCUCUCUAGGAACCCACAGGGUAGAAGAAAAACAGAUAAUUUCAGUAGAAAGUGCUGUGUGUUAUGGUAGAGUUGUGUGCUAAGUGCUUUCUGGAACACAGAGGAAUCCUUAGCAACGGGGAGGCAGGGAGGGCUUCUCGGAGGGAACAUCUGAUCGAGGCUUCAGCUUCUCAGAAGUUAUAAGGUGAAA